UUUUUUUCUGAGCUCCGUUUUUUUCUCCAAUGGAUAUUGAAGACCAAGAGACUCGGUUUCGGCCACGAGCUGGCGAUCAAGAACAACAACCCAACAAGAAAGCAAACCAAGAGACAGAGAGCAACAAUGGAGGACUGUUUGCCAAGCUCAAGUUCCCAAAGCCAGAACCUUUAGACCAAGAACGCAAAUACCCUGCUCCUCCUGAAUUCACUCGAAUCUGUGAGGUCUGCAACAAGGGGUUCAGCUCAGGUAAGGCACUUGGAGGUCACAUGAGAAUGCAUGUUCAAGCAAACAGAGAACUGUUUCAGGCUCGCAAGAACAAGAUUAAAAAACCCACCAAGAUUCUGAAGCCCAACAAUUCUGAUGUUAGCAGCUCGAAUGGUGGUGGGGGUUUUGGGGUUGAAGGUAAUAGCAAUAGCAAUAGCAGCAUGAAGCCUGAUUGCUGUGUUUGCGGCAAGAACUUUCCGUCUAUGAAGUCUCUGUUUGGGCACAUGAGAUCACAUCCUGAGAGAGAAUGGAGGGGAAUUCAACCUCCUCCAACAAUAGCCAAGAACAGCUCUUCUUCUACUUUAUCAGAUGCUGUGCCUCAGAACAACAAUAAAGCUGAUGAUCAUCAGAUUGACUCUGCUGCUACUCUUGCUGGGUCCAAUAAUUCUGCUCCUGAUCUGUCCAAGACUCUGCCUGGUUGGUCUCUCACUGCUAGGAGAGGUAGGAAAAGCAUUGGCUCAUCAGGCAACUCUGAAUCUGUUUCGGGAUUGGAGUUGAGUCUCGGAGUUGAAGAGCAGAUGGAGGAAGCUGUUCAUGAUCUUUUGAUGCUAGCUCAAUCCAAUCCAUGCUUCUAUGGAUUGUCAGAUAAGGGAAAAGGAGCUGAGAUGUGUGAGGCUACUAACAGCAAUUUCUUCAUCACCAACAACAGCAACCAGGCUGAUUACAUCAAGGACAAAAACCAGGUAAUUGAUUAUGAGGGGACCUCAAAGAAGAGAAAGGGAACUGAGGUGUGCUUUCCAUCCAAGAACAUGAAAAGUGAGAAAAAAUGGUUUGAUGAAUGUGAUGGUGUGAAAGGGAAGGAUGUUUUGGGAAUUGGGUUUGGUCCAGAAAAGCCAUCAGUGAAGAAUUUCUUGAAGUUGGGACCAAUGGAGGACAACAAGAACAACAACAUUGAAGAGGAAUUAUCAGACAGUCAGAACUCUGAAAGCAUUGUGCUUGCCAGCAUGAAGAGGAGGAAGAGGAGAAAGAUGAAAUUGAUAGACUUGGAAGGAGUGGUUGGAGAGAUUAUUGGUGCUCAGGGUCAUCAUCAAAGUCUCCAUCAGAAGCUCAGAUACAAAUGCAGUCUUUGUGGCAAGUCUUUCCCAAGUCAUCAAGCAUUGGGUGGCCACAUGUCCAGCCAUAACAAGCUCAAGAACAACAACAACAACAUCAUCGUGAACCAUUCAUCUAUGGAUGAUCAAUCUGCCUCUGCUGAUGUGUCAGCUGCUGAAGGUGGGCAUAAUCUUGAUGAAGCACAAACAACCAUGGCACUUGAUCAAGAUCAUCAUGUGGCUGGUGCUGGCUCUGGCUCAGGAGCAGGAGGACUAGGAGCUCAUCAAGCUCAUCACCAAUGCAAAAUCUGCGACAAGAUUUUUCCAACAGGUCAGGCCUUAGGGGGUCACAAAAGGUGCCAUUGGACUGGGCCCACUGAGCAGCUGCUACCUCAGUCCAGUCAGGCACCUUCACCAGGUGAAGCAAGCCAAAACGCAGGUCGUAAAGUUCUCAACUUUGACCUCAAUGAGCUUCCAGCUACGGAGUUUGAAGAAGGUACAGAUCAGUAUGGGGCAGCUGGCUACGCAACUUCUUCUCACAAUUCAGUAACUUAGUCAGCUGAAGCAGUAUGGGGCAGCUGGCUACGCAACUUCUUCUCACAAUUCAGUAACUUAGUCAGCUGAAGCUGAUAUUUUUUCUUCUGAGUCUCUGAGUCUCUUUGGCGACGGUUUUAGGAUCACUCUUUUGCAGAGGUCAGUAGCAGCUCUGUUUUUGGUUUUCUGAUAGUCGAGUUAGUUUUGUCUGGUAGUCUAGUUUUUGCAGCUGUGAAAGACACUUGCAUUAGAAACCCUAUGUUGUUUCCACAUUGCUCAAGGUGUGGUCAUAGGCUCCUUGUCUUUUUAUGCUAAUUUUCUUCAUGUAAAGCAUGAAUGAUGGUGCUCAAAGGUUUUAGCUUUAGUGAAGGAGGUUUCCAAAUGGUCCUAGUGUUUUUACUUUGGGAUGGAGAUCAUGUAAAGAUUCUGCAAUUCUGCAUAUAUACAGUCUUCCUUUUUGGUCA